GGGGGCAGAGUCCAGUGCGAGCGGCGGCAGCCGCAGGAGCCCGGGCCCGGCGCGGAAGAUGCCGCUGGGGCUGAGGAACAAGAAGAAGGACAAGUCCAAGGAGACCUUCAAGCUGGUGGAGAGCGAGGCGGCGGCCCCGGCCCCCGCGGCGGCCCCGGCGCCGUCCGCGGCCGCGACGCGGCUGCAGUUCCACACGCAGCUGGCGCACGGCAGCCCCACGGGCCGCGUGGAGGGCUUCGGCAGCGCCCGCGAGCUGUACGCCAAGAUCGCCGAGGCGUUCGCCAUCUGCCCCUCACAGAUCAUGUUUUGCACUUUGAACACUCAUAAAGUUGAUAUGGACAAGCUCUUAGGUGCACAAAUUGGCCUUGAAGAUUUCAUAUUUGCCCAUGUGAAAGGACAGCGAAAAGAAGUGGAAAUUCUUAAAACUGAUGAAUUGCUGGGGCUUACCAUUACAGACAACGGAACGGGCUGUGCCUUUAUAAAGCGAAUCAAAGAAGGCAGUGUUAUGGACCAAAUCAAAACGGUCUGCGUGGGUGAUCACGUAGAGACUAUAAAUGGAAAAAAUGUGUCAGAGUGUCGGCAUUAUGAAGUGGCCAAAAUGCUAAAAGAUCUGGAGAAAGGUCAGAAGUUUAAGCUGGAGUUGGUAGAGCCUAUGAAAUCAUUUGAAAAGCUGGAACCAAGAUCCAAAGGUAGAACUCUGUCAGAGGCUAAAAUCUCUAAAGGGAGAGAAACACUUCGCCUGAGAACCAAGGGCCCUGCUACUGUGGAGGAAAUGCCAACUGAAGUUGAAGAAAAAGCAAUUAAAAAAGUGGAUGAGCUUCUUGAAACAUACAUGGGCAUAAGAGAUAUUGAAUUAGCUGCAACAAUUGUGGAAGCUGGAAGAGACAAGAAAAACCCAGAUGAAUUUGCAGUGGCAUUGGAUGAAACUCUUGGAGACUUUGCAUUUCCAGAUGAGUUUGUAUUUGAUGUAUGGGGAGCAAUAGGUGAUGCUAAGCAAGGACGACUGGAAUGAGAAGAGUGYAGUUUAUCAAUCCCUGUUUGAAAAUACAGAAUGAUUUGCAAAUCAUACAUCAGAAUUUUAAUAAUUUUGUUGAUGUGAAUUCAGGAUGCUCUGCACAAGUAUUCUGACCUGAGACUUGCCUUUGCAAAGGAAGGUUUCUAACAGAAAUGAAGSUAAACCCCAAGUUCUGACAACUGCAAUUUAAAAUAGAUAUAGAUAUAGAAAUCACUGUGAGGAGUAUGUCAAUGUGAUAUAUUUAUACAGAAAUUUUAUGAAAAUUAGGUAUUUUUUAUUGUAUAUACACUUUGAUACCAAUAUUCUGAAAAGUGUUAGACAUGCAACAAAGAUUUUGGGUUAUUUUAUCUUUUUAGAGAGGUUUAUGAAGCUGUUGAAAAACUACCGAGCUUCAAGCUGCAGUUUCCUGGUUUUCCCUAUAAAUUCACAUACAGAAAGAGCUGGGAAAAACCAUAAGCCUUAGAUUUUUUUUACAGUUUGGCCUGGACAUGGUCUUUACUGUAGGCAAAGCUGGGGAGAAGCUACCCUGUUUCUUUAGAACACAAAUUCAGUCCAAAAAAAUUCUCAGAAACAUGAGAAUGAAGAUCUUUGAAUCAGAUAGACUUGCUGGCAUUUGAGUCAUGAUAUGCUCUGUCUGGGUAUUACUGAGGUGAGUAGAAAUGCUUAAACGGGGAAGCUGCUGCUUUACUCAGAUGCCAUAUUAUUGCAAUAGGAACUUCAUAGGAAGAAAUGAAUGUUAAUUUUGAUUAAAUGCAUUUGAAUAAUAUAUGUGAUUUGACACUGAACACUACAGUAUAUGACUAAAUGCUUAAUUGAUCUUUGCAUGUGSUAAAUGGUUUCUUGAGAUCCCAUGGAGCUCCCCUCUUGUCUGUGUUUUUUUUCAACAUGGUAACAAGAGAGAGAUAUUGAAAGUGUUCAAACCCAAAAGGUAUCAUUGUAAAGUCACAAAGAAUUGCAGUUUAGAUGACAAUGCAUGCCUAGACCCUGAAAAUAUGUUAAGCUAAUUUUAGAUAUUACUUUUUCCAAUUAUAUUGUACAUAAAUGUUCAUUUUAAUUGCUAUUUUUUUACUAAUAAAUCUGAGAUUAUUGAAAUUGAACAAGAACAUGGGGUCUGACCUGGGAAGGUGUCAUACUUUGUUAGUAUUUUUAUAUUUGCAUAAGACUAUAAAAUAAUAGUUACUAUUAUAGUUACUAUAUUAAAAAAGUUUUUUCUAAAAUCACUACCUGAAGAAAAUGUCUUUCACUGUCUUGCAGAGAUCUCUUUAAAAUAAAGACUAUGCCAAYAAUUUUACAUAUUCUAUGUCAAUGAUU